AGUUAGUCUGUGGUGCAACGUUAGACGGAGUGCUUCGCAUCCUGAAACGGGAAUCGGGAAACUUUAUGUGUCGUAUUUUGAAGUUGUUUAAAAUUUCUUUGAACUGAAUAUUCUAUCUGAUAUGCAAAUAACUGGUUAUCUAAGAGAAGUUUUGUCGUCGUGUGCGAACCAUGCCAGGCGGAAAGUAUGAACAGCUGCCCAUGAAGUCUGAAGGAGAAGAAGAUGUUUUUACAAGUAAACCAAAAGCAAAAUGGUCCGAAAUUUGUUUCCAAAAAAGUUUACUGUCCUUGGGGCUGAUCCUGUUGUACUUCUCGCUGUCCAUUGGGCUCACCUUCUAUCAGCGAUGGCUCUUGACGGACUUCAAGUUCCCCUUGACGGUGGUAAUGUACCACCUCAUCGUGAAAUGGGUUUUAUCAGUCUGCGUGAGGGUGGUGCUCCAGCUUAUCACAGGCACUCCUCAACUAAUACUGCCAUGUAUGACAUGCCUUAAGUCCGUCGGCCCCACUGGCUUGGCCAGCGGCAUUGAUGUGGGAUUCUCCAACUGGGGCCUGGAGUUAGUUACGAUCUCCCUCUACACGAUGACGAAGUCCACGACUAUCAUCUUCAUAUUGUUCUUUGCUAUUGUGCUGGGACUUGAGAAGAAGUCGUGGUCUCUCGUGGGCAUAGUGCUGAUGAUCUCAGCGGGCCUCAUAAUGUUCACGUAUAAGGCUACGCAAUUCAACCUGCUUGGCUUCAAUUUCCUGCUCAUCGCGUCCUUCGCGGCUGGUCUCCGAUGGACGUUCGCGCAGCUACUGAUGCAGAAGUCAAAGCUCGGUCUACACAACCCCGUCGACAUGGUUUUCCACGUUCAGCCCUGGAUGUUCGUCUCGCUGCUGCCUUUCACCAUCAUGUUCGAAGGUUAUUCGUGCUACGAUUACCUUCAGAAGCUGUCGUCGGAGAAGCUGCUGCCCACGUUUCUGAAGGUAAGCGGUGACGUCCUGUCUCCGAUCAACGUGGUGGGGCUGGCGGUCUGUCUCCUGGGCAUCUGCGGCCACAUUGUGCACAAGGUCAUCUUCAUAAAGUCCGUGACGGGCACCAUCCAAGCCGUCGACGCGGACUUUAAUACCAUCCGGAGGCCACUCAAGAUAUCAGGCGAGCAUGAUAAACCUCUUCUAGAAGACCAGACCUGGCCCGCGAGCGAGGAGAGCGACUUCGACAGCAACGUAGUACUUUUCGAAGUACUACAGCGCCGCGACGGUAGUGCCCAAAUAUUACAGUCGUUGGAGGAACGGAAACUUCCAACGAUUGAAAUCCGCGUACGAGUAGACAGAAUUUUCCAGAACUGGGCAGGCUACUCCUGAGACUGUGGAUACUAAGUGCCUGGAUUAAUUAUAAUUUAUCCGUUCGGGCUGGACAAUCUUUUAUUUUAUAAGUACAUUGUUUACUUUACUAUUGUUUAAUACACAAAUGGAUUAUAACAACAUUAUAAUACCAAGGCAAUUUGAAGUAUCGAUAUUUCUUAUAUUAGAAUGUAGUAUAAACAUCAACAACACAAACCGUUCUUUUAGAAAUAAAAGCAACGCACAAUUUACUGUAGAACUUUUUAAAAUUAAAUAUACUUAUUACGUGGUGUCGAGGUGAAGUAUCGAAUAACGAUCUCUCGAUUGUAACUUUGUUCGUUAAUUAUAUGGAAGAUCGAGUUGUGACACACAUUUUUUAAAUUAACACAUUACAUAUUUGCUGUAACAUUAUUUGUCAUUAUAACACCACAAUACAUAGCUUUAGCUAUUACAUUGAAUGUGUAACAAGUAUUGGUAGUAAUAAUGCCAACCGAUUCGUUGCGAUUCCCGUUUGCCACGCCAUGCGCAAUGGGAUUUAUUUACUGUUUCAGUUUUUCAUAUCCAGCACUAUCCCUAUGUCUAGAAUUAAAGCCUGUAAGUAAAAACUACUUGGAAAAUAAUGCAUUUUAAUAAAACGAUAUCGACAUGGCAGGAAAAUGCAUGCGAAGCGAGUUGGUUAAUGAUCGAAGUAUUCACAUAAAGUUAAGAUAAUAAACACAUCGUAUGUUAAUCACCAAUUUUAGGAAAAUAAUCCAAUUUACUCAUUUUAUAAAUAUAUACAGAUUUGAAGAUUUUCUAAGUGUUUAUCGUAUUCAUGUAUUAACAAUUUUCUAAAUAAUCAGUAUGUGUAGAAUGAUAUCAUCAAUAGGGUAGUUUCCUAAAUUUUAUUUUAAUGUCCGUCUGGUACAUUAAUUUAAGUAAAACUUUUACCCGUAUUUUUUCUUUUCUCACAAAAUUAAAUACUUCCGACGAUAUAAUUAUUAAUUUGAAAUAUCGUGUGACAUCACAGCGGACCACAUUUUGUAGCACGUUAUGACGUAACGACUAAACUUAGCGCCAUUUUAUCUAAGUAUUGCAACUUAAUACGAGAAAAUAAAAAAAUACGUGUCCAAUAUUUUUUCAUUAUCUAACUGACGGACUAAUUAGAUUUUCAAUUUUGAUACCCUGGAAACUACCCAAUUCAAUUUAUUGUAGUUUUAAAAUAUGGGAGGGUUGAUAUUUUGGCGCAGACUGUUUGAGGUUAGAACAAAAUUAAGAGAUGAGGGACUAAAUAGUAAUUAAUAUACCCAUAAGCUUAUAGCCAUUUUAAUAUAGUACAUAGCUUAUAAUAUAUACAUAUACAAUGUCCUAAAACUCAACGGUAUAAUUUAACCAGGUGAUAGACCUUUGGGACUCAGCAGGACUGCUUUGUAAAUAGUAUAGAACAAAAUAUUUUUCAGGUGGGUGGCAUUAAUCAGGUUAUUGACCUUUCGUGUGUCUAAUCGUGGAUCCACGGGAGACACAAUGUAUUGUCUAUUGUGUCUCAUAUCGGUGCAUUCAAGCGGUUAAAACAAAAAAGGAAUCAAUAUUAAAGAAAUAUGUUAUAUAUUGCCGUUAUGGUACCUCAAAAUGUGAUUCAGAGUGACGGUGUAUGUGCCAAUUCGAGAGAUUAUCA